GGAUUUCCAUAUUUAGAACUCAUCAUCUGGAGUCAAUGUCGAGCCGACGCAGCGCCCCGCCCAAGCCGACCGUGCUCUCGAUGUCGUCCGAAGGUCUCGCCAGCAUCACGUUCACGGUCUCGGACAAGCGGCCAAAGUCUGCUCACCAUCGCUCGCGUGCGCGACAGCCGAAGCCACGAGAUGCCACGUCACAAGGCAGCCCACUUCUGCGCAAAGCUGCAACGUCAGUCACGCCCACUAUGCUCAUGAGUGCGAAUACGAAUCCGUCGGGUGCUAACAUCCAGAAAGGCUCGUUCCGCAAGUCCACGGCGUGGUCCGAGAAGCGCGACGCCACAUCAACAGCGAAGCCUCGGGUGCGCACUGACCCGAACCCACGCCACGGAUCCGUGUCGCCACCCAAAGACACGUCGCCGUCACCGCCACGCUGCGCAGCUGUGGACGGAAAGCGGUCACCACUCCAGCGCGAUGUUCACCGGGCAGCCGCGCUGGUAGUGGACCCCAAGCACGCAGUCGCCGACAUUGAGCGGGUGUCUGGCGCCAAAUGGGAUGCAGCCCAUGGCUUUGUGUGCCCAAGAAAAACUGUCACGGGCACAUCGCCUCGCUCUCAAAGGAAUACUAGAGUCGAAUCAUCGACCGACGGACAAUGUCAAAUUACUGAGACGUGGGUGCAGCCGAGUACGCGGAACAACAAACGUGUGGUCGGCGUCGGGGCUCGGCACCAGCGGUCAAUGCAACAGACCAAAGUCAAUAGUGCGCGAGACAGCGGUGAUAGGACGCCCCAAGCGCGCUGGCUCUAACCAAAACUAGCAG